UCUGGCGGAUUCCAAAAUCCGUCGAGUAAGGCGCAUGCAAACGCGAGGCGUUUCAUUAGCAGUCAGACGGAAUGGCCAUUGUUCCAAUGAGCCUAUCAUCACUGGCGGGAAACGCAAGCAUUUGAAGAGGGUGAUGUGGAAAGCAAAGUACUCUUGAUAACGAUCUUGCAAAAAUGAGGACAACACGUUUAACAACCACCAGGAAAAACACAUUAGAGUGAAACCUUUGGAAUUGUUUUCUUUUGUCCCGAUUAGCGUCUUUAAAAUCAUGCAACAUGAAUGUAACUAAUUUCACUGGAGCGGACGGACUUGCACCCUGGAACUUUAACGGCUCAUUGAGCAAUGUGUCAACUGAUGCUACCGUCAGCUGUGACAGAGGCAGCGGCAAUGGCUCGUGUACAGUUGCUGAGGCGACUGGGAGCCCAUAUAAGACGGUGGAGAUGGUCUUCAUUGCCUUGGUUACUGGAUCCCUCAGCUUUGUCACCGUGGUGGGAAACAUUCUGGUCAUGGUGUCAAUCAAAGUCAACAGACACCUGCAGACCGUCAACAACUACUUCCUUUUCAGCUUGGCAUGUGCUGACCUCAUCAUUGGUGUGUUCUCCAUGAAUCUCUAUACCGUAUAUAUCAUAAAGGGCAAAUGGCCACUGGGCCCUGUAGUGUGCGACCUUUGGUUGGCUCUGGACUAUGUGGUCAGCAAUGCCUCAGUCAUGAAUCUGCUGAUCAUAAGCUUUGACCGCUACUUUUGUGUGACCAAGCCGCUGACCUACCCUACACGUCGCACCACCAAGAUGGCUGGCCUAAUGAUUGCCUCAGCCUGGAUCCUCUCCUUCAUCCUGUGGGCUCCUGCCAUCCUCUUCUGGCAGUUCAUUGUGGGCGAGCGCACCGUGGAGCCUGGAGAAUGUUAUAUUCAGUUUCUUUCUAACCCAGUAGUCACGUUUGGAACAGCAAUCGCCGCCUUCUACCUUCCUGUAGUCAUCAUGACAGUGCUGUAUGUUCACAUCUCACUGGCCAGCCGAAGCCGUGUGGCCAAGCAGAAGCCUGAGGCCAAGAAGGAGAAGAAGGGCCUGAAGAGCCAUAUCCUCAAGCAGAACAACAACCAUCAGUCCCCGCCCAAGCCCAGCCUGGACGCAGGCAGCGCCGUUGAUACACUGAAGAAUGGAAAGUUGGACGAGUCGAUGGUGUCCACUAAAGCUGACUCCAGUAUACAGCCUGAGGAGAAGGAGAGCUCCAAUGACUCCAGCACAGCCAGCAUCGCACCCAAAGAGCCCAAGGAGAGGGCUAACAGCAAGGUCGUUUCUGAGAAGGGCCUUGCCCCUGCCCCAGCCCCAGUGACCAAGCUCAACCCAGCCUCCAAAUGGUCCAAGAUCAAGAUCGUCACCAAGCAGGCAGGAGACGAGUGCAUCACCGCUAUCGAAAUCGUCCCACCAGAGAGUGGUACAGAGGGCCGUUCCAUCCCUAUCAACCGGCCACGCACGGUGGCCCGCAAGUUUGCCAGCAUCGCCCGCAGUCAGGUCAAGAGGAAACGUCAGAUGGCGGCACGUGAGAAAAAAGUGACAAAGACAAUCUUUGCCAUCCUCCUGGCCUUCAUCAUCACGUGGACGCCAUACAAUGUGAUGGUCCUCAUCAGCACAUUUUGCCAGUCCUGCGUGCCUGACACUGUAUGGGCCAUUGGUUACUGGCUCUGCUAUGUCAACAGCACCAUAAAUCCAGCUUGCUAUGCGCUUUGCAAUGCCACCUUCAAAAAGACCUUUAAGAACCUUCUCAUGUGCCAGUACAAGAACAUUGGAACUAGGUGAGCUAGAGAUCCACUAGAGCUUGGGAUUGGGCUUUAAGUAGAGUCUAGCAUAUCUCUGAUGCACUGGAAUGUAUCUUUCAAAACCUCAUGGGGCUUUAAACCUCCUUGUUGGGAAAGGCAUUGUGUCAUUAAGAAACAAUAAGGAACUCUGAAGAAAAAACUGGAAAGCUGCAGAGUGCACUUGGUGACAUGAACAUCAGACAGUGGAUUGGUCUUUACAGUUAUUCUGCUGCUGACAAACAUCUCUUUGACAAACAGAUCUCUAUGUGAAAUAUUGUUUAAUGCUCUGCCAGUCCAAUUAGCAGAUCUUAUGAUUUGCUUAUAUAUAGUUGCUUAUUAGAUUCAAUAAGUCUCAUCAUCUUCAAUAGGUUGGGAAAGAGAAAUUGUUUUUUCUCCAAACUAUAGAACCCAGACAAAUAGAAUGAUAUGGUAUGGCUACUAUUUUGAUUUUCCAUGUAUACCACAUAAACAGGCAUCUUAGUUUAAUUUUCAGGGUUGCAUUUCCCAAAAGCUUCAUUACACUAAGAAAUUUGUUAACUUAAUCUUAAGAAGGGUAGUUAAUUAGCAAGUGUUUCCUGAAACCCUUCUUAAUUAAAGUACUGCAUAAACUCGCUCAUAACAACUAACACAACUCAUUCUUUAUUCAUAGUGCUUCUUUAUUUAGAUUUUGCCUGCAGUUCUGCACCAAAAAAGCCAAACUCUGCUAAAAAGGAACAAUGAACUUCUAUGCAUGAAAUCUGAAAAAUAAUAAUAAUAAUAAUAAUAAUAAUAAUAAUAAUAAUAAUAAUAAUAAUAAUAAUAACAUUUAGGCUGUUUAGGCUGUUUAGUGUGUCAUCCCAUGUCUUAUUUUUACUUCAUUUUAAAAUAUGAAUGUCAGGAAAAAUUAUCGUAUUUCCAUCUCAUUUACUGGAACCCAUGCUGGGAGAUCCUUGAUACAGAGUAGUAGAGAUGGUUUUAAUGACAGGAUGGCAUUUUCACAUUACUAUCCGAAUAGCUUAUAGCAGUGCAGGUUGAAAACCAUGUGUAAGAACCUAGUUACACAUCCAGCUACAACUAUACUCAUACUCACAGCAUAUAGCUCUCAAGCCACCAUUUGCAAAGUUAAGCUUUAAAAAUAGCACUUCAAAUAAAUGGGUGUGAACAUAUUUGAAAUGGAUUUGAAAGAACUGUUACUGUUAAUUUAGAAGAAAAAUGGCAUAAAAUGCAUACACAAAUUAUUCUGCAUUUGCAUAUUUACAUCAAGAGGCAAAGAUCGGUUUGGCUUUGUCUUUUUCAUAUGUGUCCAUCCAAAGAAGGUGACUGGCUACUCAUUAGUAAGCAGUGUCUAAAUGGGAAACCCAUAAAUAAAUCAGUAUAGCAGUGUGGUUUAACAGGGCAGGAUGACAGGUGCACAUGCACCCCUCAUUCACUUUUCAUGCCUAUAAUUAAGAUAAACAUUAUUAUCUCCCUUUAUGAAAUUGAACAAAACCUAUAGAUUUUCCAAGGAAAUGACCAGUAUCAAAUGUGUUUAUAGUAUAAUUAUUUCCAAAAUAACAAAGACAAAAUCUCCACAAAGUUUGAAGAUAUUUUGCUUAUGCACUGAUGAAACAAGAAAAAAACAAUAUGACAAGGUCAAAAUUAUUAGCCCUCUGAUCAUUACUAAUCAAUAGGAUAACCUUUCUGACUCACAACUGACAGCAAUCUUAUGCUGGAGUUCCUAAAACUAGGUUAGUAAAUGUCUCUUGCAGGAUCUUAGUCCAUUCCUCCAUCGAAUAGUUAGGAAUAUUUGAUUAAUUUCAAGCAUGGACCUUAAUCUUGAUCUCCUGUUAUAGAUUCUCAAUAGGAUCUUGGCAUUAAGAGAGCUUGAUUUUGAAUGUGUACUUCAGGGUCAUUGUCUUGGUGGAAGACUCAAAGGCAACCUAAAGACAGACUGGCUGGAGAUUUCUUCUCAUUAUCCUUUAAAGUAUCAACAUAAUCUUUCUUAAUGAUCCCAUACAUAUGAACAAGGUUCAUGCCCGAAGGCAUUUUUAGUGCUGAACUUUCACCGUUCCAUCUCCAAACAAAAACAGCAUCCAUGUGCCUGAAAAGCAUUUGUUUAGUCUCAUCAGGCCAAUGGAAAGAUGUCCAAGACUCAUCCCCAUGUUUUGAAUGGUCACAGGUAAAAUUCAGUGUUGCUUGGAUGUGCCACUGAGUAAGCAAUUGAGUUUUCCUUGGGCAAUGAUCUUGAUGCCCACUAUGAUGACCUCAAAGCCCACCAUGAUGAAGAACACUUAUUACAAUCUUUCUUGAAACAUCAUGUUCGUAAGAGAACAGUUCAGCAACAGUCAUCUUGACAGAGACCUGGGGAUUCUUGUUGACAUAUUUGACUCAUCAUCUUUAAUAAUCUUUGAUAUCCUGCACUUGUGACCACACCCAGGUUUGUUUCUAACAGUAUGGUUCUCCUUAUUGCGAUGAUGUAAUAUACAGCAGCUCUGGACACCAAGAAAUAUUUGAAAAUGACAGUAUAGAUGUCCCCCUUAAGAUGAGCAUCCACUACCUUUUUCUGCAAUCCAGACUUAGUUCUUUGCUCUUUUGAAUGAUGAAAUUACUUCUUAUAAAAACCUUUUCAUUGAUUACAUUAAUGUUUUAUUGGACAGAACUUUAGAAAGAUUUUUCUAUUUGGGGGGCUAAUGAUUUUGAAUUUAACUGUCAGUCACAGAUAUAAUAGAAAUCUUUGAGACAUUUCACAUGCAUGUACCCAGUCUCACAGACUGCUUAACAGCAUUUGCUCCAACACCCUACUGAGGGUGCAGAAAUUCAAACUGAGGGUGUAAUGCUUUUGCAUACCCGUAGAACUGGACCUGUGUUGGUUUUUUUCCCCUCAUUUUUACAUUAUACUAGCUGACUGAUUGACUAAGGGAUUUUCUGUGCGCAUCCAUAAGUAUGACAAAUACUCCCUUUUUUCCCCACUGUUUGCUGGUUUUAAUGGUUGUGCAGUAGUACAAAAUUAAUUUGAUUUGUAAUCACAUGUGAAUAUAAAUUAAUUUGAUUUCUAAUCAUGUGCAUAUAAAGUUUUCUUUUAUGGCAGCUUGGAACAUGACUCAACUAAUUACAAAUCUGUAUAAUUUGCUUUUUAUAAUUUUGCUUUUUAGAAGGUAUAAACAUUUUUCUCGGUGUAACUGUGAAGACAUAUUGUAUAUUAGACAGCGAAAUUGAUCGAUCAGUUUUUGACUAACAUUUCUCACCCCCAAGUGGCCUAGGGGUGGAGUAAAAUAAGAAGUACUUUAAACUCAUUUGCUAAUUUUGCAUUACAAAGGCCUUUGGUAAACACCCCCAGAACUCAUUCAUUUCUUUCUCUCAUAAUUCGUUAGUUUGUUUGUUAUUGGCUAAGACUGAUCGUGUUUGGGAAACACACCCCAGAGCAGCACUAUCUUAACCAUUGCACAAGGUCUGUGAGAGUUUAGAGGCUGGUUUUACUUGAUUCACACUGCUAGAAAGAAGCUCUCCAAAAUUAAGAUGGAAUAUUGUGCAUAUGCUCAAAGGUUGACCUCCUUUAAUCCAUCAAGAUCCUUGGCAUUGUAGGUCUUCCAGACAACCUCACUAAUAUUAAGAACAAAAGCAGUGUCCAUCUCCUGGUGACUAAGACAACUGUCAUAAUGUUCAUAAGGUUCAUAAAGUUUGCACUAUGGGACGCUGAUGAGACGAGGCAGUGGCUCCUCUCACUGGAGGAGCUGUCCACCUGUAGUGGGCACUUCUGUAGAACAAACUCAUGUCAACAUUAACUAGAGUGAGGUAUAUAUUUGGUUCUGAAAGUGUAAAUAGUGUAUAACAUGCUGAAUAUAUGAUUCUCAAAAGUCCUUCCUGCACUUCAUGUGUGGAUGUUUCUAUUUCUUUAGUGCUUAAUUGUUGAUCUGUAUGUAGUUUAUGAGAUGUAUUGAUGUCUGUAAGCAAAUGUAUUCAAUAGUUUCUAAUUUGUGAUAAAACCAAGAGAAAUCGGGGCUAUACAGGAGGCAUUGUAUAUUUCUUCAGAUCAUUGUAAGACACAGACCACAUAGGGGUGUCUAGAAUGUUGAAAAAAUUGGGAAAGAUCUGUUUUUCUAUUUGAACCAAAGUACCUGGGGCAUGCUCGCGAGCCGAAUGCUCAUGUGAAAAGGAGACCUUCCUUCAUAAAAUUUAUCAUAGUGCAUUUUCCUGUCAUUCGAAAAUCUUUUUUUUUUAUUUUCAAAUGGGAUUUUUGUUUAUGCUAGUGAGUGAAGUUGCCAAUCUGAAUGUAAUUUCUCUAACUGAUAGCUCAGUGCCCCAGCCUCUCUUAUGGUGGAGGCUUGGAUUCCUGGACUGAUGUUGCGCAAAGAAUAUUCAUCAUAAAUAUGGACUCUCGUGCAGAAAGCAUGUCAAAAACCAGUUUUCCUUUUGUUCAGUUUGCAUCUGGCCUUUUUCCAACGAGAUUAUUACACAGAUUCUAACCCUUUGCUACAAAAUGGGGUGGUCCCCUGAUGAAUGACACUAUCUUUUAUCAGACAUUUGUCUCUAUGAUUAAUCAUGCCCGAGAGCAAAUGGGUUCGUCAAACCUCAUGUCUGCGUUAGUGGAGCAUGUUUAAAUUGUAAAUGGGUCUAUGGCCAGUAAGUAGUCAUUUCGCUGCAGGAUAGAUAAUGGUCCUCUAUUCCUAUGAGAAAAUUGAAAGUAUUCAUAUUUAGUAAUUAUGGACUAUCAACAGAAAAGGCUCCCCAAGUCAUUCUAAAACUGUGUACAAAUGAUUGUAUGGGGUUUUUCUAAUGAAUAAAACUUAAUAAAGAUCCUGUUCCUACAGAGCAAUUAUGGUAAUCAGGUCUUUGUAUCAUGAUACAAACUCAUCUGUACAUAGAUAUGAUCAACGGACUAUAAAAUGGUUAAACAGAUAUUUCUUUUAUUUUAGUGGACUCUAAAAUUGUUAAAUUAUUUAUCAUGAUGAACAUUGUUAAUGCAGUGUAGCUAUAUAGUACAAAUAAUGGAUGUGUUUGCUUUUACAAUGGUUGUCAAUGCUUGUGUUUGCUUUUGCAACAUUUUCUGUCAUUUCCAUAAAUUUGACUGCUAGUUCACAGUUUUCUAUCAUUGACACAUUUCUCCUAAGAGAUCAACCUGAAAUGAUGAAUAGGUCACAGUCUUUUCAGCGCUCAAAUGUCUGAACUGUGUUAGAGACAGAGACAAAGAAUGAGGGAGAGUAAGCUAGAAUGAAUGAGAGGAAAUUAUAUUCUCAAAUACACCACCACAGCUACACCCAAAUGAAGCACUGCUCGAGGA